AUGGGGUCCUUUUUUGUUUGGCGGUUGAACCCGGAACUUCAGCCUUCUUCAACCUCGGAGGAAGUCAAAGACAAAUGCGGUUACUGUGGGAUGGGCAACGCACCAAAGACUUGCUACAUUUGCGACGAGGGAAACUUUUGCGGGGAUCUCAGAACAACAGAGCACACGACAGCGAAUGAUCUCUAUCACGACGUCAUAAGGGGCAGGAUCCCCAGAAAUCCGCUGGUGCUCAAGGAGUACUAUUUUGGGAACUGCAAGGAACUUGAGCAUCAAGAGGGGCUCUUCCGCCUCUAUAAGACCUUGUUUACCGUAUUUCGCAUUCCACCCUCCAUGCUCCACAAAUGGCAGAAGUCCAAGAGAAUUCACGACAACUCGGUCACGCUAUUCAACGAGGAGCCCAAACCCGUUCCUCGGGAGCAGUUUCUUUUCCUCCGGGACAAUCCAAACUUGUUCAGCGAGGACAGAAGCGAGACACUGAACGAGCACGCUUUUGCUAGAACAGGGAUCAUAGGACUUUUUUCAGCCCGCGAGGAAGAGUAG